CAAUGCCAUCUAUUGGUAGCAUUGAAAUGAAUAAAACAUAAUAAACACGUUAUGAAUGAAUUGAGUGAUCAGUGAUUACAGAGUUUAGACAUUUAAUGAUUGUUUACAACACUUGUUAUGAUUAAGUGAUUAUCAGAUAUGAAUCAAUCGACUCCUGCAGUGUCUGCUAUAAUCAAGAGAAAGGAUUUCCAAGAAGAAGAGGUGAAUGAAGUGGAACCCAAAAAGAAAACACGAGACGAAUGGCGAAAAGCAAAGGAAUUGGAAGAAGCGAGGAAAGCGGGAACAGCUCCGGCACUCGUAGAUGAAGAGGGAAAAGAUAUCAACCCUCAUAUACCACAAUACAUAUCAUCGACGCCGUGGUAUUUUGAAGCCGAUGGACCCACUCUUAAGCAUCAACGACAACCAGAAGAAAAAGUGAAAGAAAUCGCACAAAUAUCAGAUCAUUUUAUAAGAGGACAAAAGGGUGCGACCGCUACCCGUUACCGACGGGGCGCGUGUGAGAACUGUGGGGCCGUUACACACAAAAAGAAAGAUUGCUUAGAAAGACCCCGAAAAAUAGGCGCCAAAUAUUCGGGUGAAGAUUUUGCUGCCGACGAACACAUUUUACCAAAUCUUAGUUUGGGUUUUGACGGCAAAAGAGAUCGUUGGAAUGGCUUUGAACCCGAAAUGUAUAAAUCGGUUAUUGAAGAACACCAGAAGGUUGAAGAAGCAAAAAGAGUUAUAAAGGAAGAGAAACUAAAACAAGAUUUAUUAAAUGAAGAAACAGCUAAAGAAGGGGUAGAAUCGGAUUCAGAUGAAGAUGAAGAUGAAAAAUAUGCCGAUCAUAUAGAUAUGCCGGGAACUAAAGUCGACUCAAAACAGCGCAUAACUGUUAGAAAUUUACGUAUCAGAGAAGAUACGGCUAAAUAUCUUCGCAAUUUAGACCUGGACUCUGCGUAUUACGACCCGAAAACACGGGCUAUGAGAGAGAAUCCAUACAAAACUACUGGUAAAAGUGCCGAUGAAUUGCAAUACGCCGGCGACAACUUUGUUCGGUUUACAGGAGACACAACUGAGGUCUCGAAGACUCAGUUGUUUGCGUGGCAGGCAGUGGACAGGGGUCUCGACAUUCAUCUUCAAGCAGAACCUACUAAAACGGAAUUAGUAAAGAAACAAAUCGAUAGCAAAAAAGAGAACGUUAAGGAACAGUUCAGACAAAGUAUUAUUGAUAAAUAUGGCGGUAAAGAACAUCUACAGACUCUGGAACCACAACUUAUGUUCGGACAAACAGACAUUUAUAUGGAGUAUUCACGUCAGGGACAGGUAAUCAAAGGCUGUAUCAAAGCUAAAGUGAGCUCUAUUUAUGAAGAAGAUGUCUUUACCAAUAAUCAUACCACUGUUUGGGGCUCCUAUUGGCACCAAAACCAAUGGGGAUACAAAUGCUGUCAUUCCUUCAUUAAGAACUCUUAUUGUACCGGAAAUAACAAUAAGAUUAAACAUUUUCUUUAAUUUUUCAAAAUAAAAACAAAUCAACA